UCUUCCUCUGGUUUUGAAAAUGAGACAUUUAUCUGUGUCACAUGAACUUGUAUCUGUGUCACAUGAACUUGUCUCUUCAUCUGUGUUCAUGUUUAUAAAGCCUUGUUCUAAUUCAUUUUAGUUUCCAAAAUUUGCUGAAAUUGUGACUCUGACGUUGUCUGAUGGGUCAAAACGUAGUGGGCAAGUAUUAGAAGUCAGCGGAUCCAAGGCUGUUGUUCAGGUUAGAUGGAGGAAAGAUAUAAUGUGUUUGUACAGUAUUGUACAAAUAAUCAUUUCAUGUGUGCAAGAUUGAUUAGGCCAAAAAAAGAAAUACCUGAGUUUCCUAUUUUUCAUUGCAAAAACUUAGGUAGGAUAGGUUGGGUUUUGUAAUGCUCAUGCAUGAAAGUGAUACUCCAUGUCAAUUAUGGCAAUACAGGUGGUACAAACAUAUGUUAAAUGUUAUAUCAACUUUGAAACAAACAGGUUGUACAGUACUUUAUAUAUAUAGUACAAAACUAAUGCCACAAACUGGGUAUGAACUUCAGAUAAAAAGAUUAGGUAGGGUGGGGAAGCCAGAAACCCAGGUAUUUUUUUUCUUUGACCUUAACUUAUUGAAAUUGUUUUAUGUAGGUGUUUGAAGGAACAUCAGGGAUAGAUGCUAAACACACAACAUGUGAAUUUACUGGUGAUAUUUUAAGGACUCCUGUCUCAGAAGACAUGUUAGGUAAGCAUUAAGCAUUAAUGUACAGUAAUGGGAGGGGUACUGUAAUCUUCAUAAUGCUGAAUUUUAUCUUUUACUUGUUUCCACAGGAAGAGUGUUUAAUGGAUCAGGCAAAGCUAUUGACAGAGGACCAUCAGUGCUGGCUGAAGAUUUUCUAGAUAUAAUGGGUAUACUUUAAAUUGCACACUUCAGUAGAACUAUGUUGAAAAUGAGUUUUGAGAAUAUCAUAUUUUUCAUGCAAUUUAGGUCAGCCUAUCAAUCCAUGGUCUAGGAUUUACCCAGAAGAAAUGAUUCAAACAGGAAUAUCUGCCAUUGACACAAUGAACAGGUUUGGAAUUUAAAUGUUAGCUCUUGCCCUACUGUACCAAUCCUUUAAGAACUGAUAUAAAUACACAUGUAUAAAUAACCACAGUUUAGAGAAGCCAUAUACAGAGCUACAUUUCCUAUGAAUCAGGAGAGUGGUGAAUUAGGUUUUGGGUGGGAAAGUGUGAAGCAUCUAAGGAUGACACUUUCCUCUGCAGAGCUUUACAAAUUAAUAAGUCUUCCUUGGAGCAGCCAAUUGUUGUUGCCAAUUUAGUAGCCAAUUCAGCUAGAGCAAGAGUGAUCACAUACCUAAAAAGAGCUGCCACCAACAGUUUUGCUAUGAUAUUUAUGCUUACAUCCAUAACAAAUUUGUAAAAGUGUGUUACAUUGUUUUUAGCAUUGCUAGGGGUCAGAAGAUUCCUAUAUUCUCAGCAGCCGGUUUACCACACAAUGACGUAAGUGAGAAAUACAUCAUACAUGACUGUACAAUCUGAACUAGCAACAUUGAUCUUCAUCGAUGCAUUCAAUGGCAGACACUAGCAGGAGGCACAGCCAAAAAGUUUGAGGAAAUUUUGGAAACAAAUGGGUCAUAUGUUGUCAAGAUAAAUAAGCACUCUGAUACUUUGCAAAGUGUUACUGUGAUCGAAACUUUGCAAAGUGUUCUUGUACAUAUUUUGGUUUCACCAGGUUAGAUAAUCAUCUGGGUUUUAUCAUUUUGUAGAUUGCAGCACAGAUCUGUAGACAAGCUGGUUUGGUGAAGUUCAACAAGAGCACGAAGGAUGAUCAUGAAGAUAAUUUUGCAACUGUUUUUGCUGCUAUGGGGGUAUGUUUUGAGCUGAUUGUCACUUUUUGAGUACAAAUUCCACAUCAUUACAAUGUACAGUACCUACAAGAGCUGUAAUGUUUGCCAAAAUGUUUUAAAUAUUGUUGUAUUCAGGUGAACAUGGAAACUGCUAGAUUCUUUAAACAAGAUUUUGAAGAGAAUGGUUCCAUGGAUAACGUUUGCUUGUUCUUGAAUCUUGCAAAUGACCCUACGUAUGUAGUACUAUGAAUUCUAUGCAUGUAGUACUGUGUGGUAUAUUAUUUGGGUGUACCUUUGGAGCACUGUCAAAAAACCCUGCUUCAUUUGGCUCUCUAUUGGCUCAAUAGUUUAUAGUUCUUAUCUACAUCCCAAGUUUAUAAAUAGAGUGAUAUUUGAUACACAAGAAGGAGGUUGUUAUAAUAGUGUUUUGAGAAACCCUAAGUAUGAUACACUAACAACCUGCCAAAUUUUGUAACAUACCUCUAUGUGUUAAAAUCUCUGUAAUAAACAACUUUGAGUAUAAACAUUAAAAUAUAACUUCUCAAAAGACUCAGAAUUUAAAGAAAAAUUCAAAAUGAACUAAAAGUACAAUGACAAUUAAUUUGAUAUGUUUGCAGAAUUGAACGUAUUAUCACCCCACGUUUGGCGUUAACUACAGCUGAGUUCUUGGCUUAUCAAUGUGAGAAACACGUCUUGGUCAUUCUCACUGAUAUGAGUUCAUAUGCUGAGGCUUUGCGUGAAGUAAGUUUCAGUAUUGGUUAGACAGUUUAAAAGUUGCUUUCUAGAUCCUGUAGGAAACUAUAGGAUCUCUGUAGAUCUUGUUACAAGAUCCUGUAGGGUUCCCUUUAGGAUCUCGUACAAGAUCCUGUAGGAUACUGUAGGAUCCUACUCAAGAUUGACACCAGGACCUCCACAACAAUUCUACAACUGUAUUUUUUUUAUCCAAGGUGUCAGCUGCACGAGAAGAAGUACCAGGUCGUCGUGGUUUCCCUGGUUAUAUGUACACUGAUUUAGCCACAAUUUAUGAGGUAUCAAUAAGAGAACAUCAUAUUCCUUCACUUACAAUACCUGUCCAUAGUCAUGCUCGGAAAACUUCAAAACCUCAAAAACAAUGAGUUACCAUUUCAUUUUGAGACGCCUUCAUCUUGCACAAAUAUUUUGAAAUUUUGCUUAUUGGGCCCACUCUUGAGGGUGAUGUCACAUCACAUAUUUGUUAAUUUUGCCAUUUGGGUGGCAAAUUAAAAGCAAGCGUAUCGUCAAAGGAAGACACUGUGGCACUGACUGGGUUGUUUGAGCACUUUGAAGAGUUAUAAUGGUCCACAGCUGUGUACUGUAGUACAUGAAAGAUCGUAGAACUUCGAAGUUUCAAGCGAAUUUCGUCCGGAAUCACUAACUUCCUGACGAAAGGCCUUCGCUCGAAACGUCCUGGAAGUUCCCAGUAUUUUUCAGGUAGUUGUAUCCCUAUCAAUCCGAAGCUUUCAAAACAACCCGAGUACCAUAUCUUGAUUGACUAUGACCUCAUUGUAUUGAAACUCUUGACGAUGUUUCUUGAGGAUUCUUCCCAAACAAAAUUCUUAUUUCAGUUUGUUAUCUUCUUUAGCGCGCAGGACGUGUCGAGGGACGUAAUGGCUCAAUCACACAGAUACCUAUUUUAACUAUGCCUAACGAUGGUAUGUAACUCAUGAAGUAAGAUUAGCGCUAACCCUGGGUUAGAAUUUAACCUACUGUUUUUGUGUGGGCACAUCUUGUAUUUCAAAGUACUGUAUUAGAAAAUCGAACAUUAUUGAUGCAGAUAAUAUUUUUGAAAAAUAUUUCCAUGUUUCUAAACAAGCUGCUGGGAAGUUUACUUUGGAGAUUUUCGUUAACCUACGUGUAUGAUUAAGGUAACCGGCUUUCCAACCACUGGCCCCACGAAGUUUAUGUUGUAUAUAUAGGUCGGUUUUAUCAAGAGGGGCAGUCCUUGGUGGAAAAUACAUGAAAUAUCAUUAUGUGUGCCACCAUACAAAACGCCCAGUGAAAAAUCCACCUAUCAGUUUGUUGAUUAAGCAAAUCCACCUGUUGCACAUCGUUUAUGCUUUCUUUAAUUUCUUAUUUUUUCAGACAUCACUCAUCCAAUUCCUGAUUUAACUGGUUACAUCACUGAAGGUCAAAUUUAUGUUGAUCGUCAAUUACAUAACAGACAGGUACUACAAAACCCUUCUACAAUCAGUUCUAUCGCGAGUGCCCAAAAUCCUGAUAUUUAUCCAGAUACCACAAAAGCAACUUUUGCUAAGUAUAAUUCAACACAAUAAGUACUGUAUAUACCAUAGGCCAAAUACUUAGAGUUUACAGCACAUACAUAAAACCCGCGCUAUCUUUUGCAUAAUUGCUUACAAUACAAUACAAUAAUUUAUUGAACUCUCCCCAACGGGGCUUUUCGGAGCCAAUUAACAUUUACAAAAAAUUAUAAGAUAUACUAACAUGAAAUUCUAACUAACUAAUUACUGGUAUGGAUGUAAAAAUUGUUAAGGGCCAAAUGCUACUAUGAAUGAUUUCCUAAAAGAUACUUACGUAAUUUAUGUUUAAAAAUGUUAAUUGAUGAACUACAUUUAAUGUUCUCUGGAAGUUCGUUCCAUAAGGAGACAACAGCACGGUAAUAGAAUGUCCGUUGACCAGUUGCACUCCUGAAAAAGGGGAUGUUUAAAGAACUUGAGUUCCUCUAGCAACGUCCACUGAUGUCGACUCUCCUCACAAAUUGUUGAGACAAAGAUUCCGGUGUUAUUCCGUUUAGACAUUUGAAUGCAUACCCACGAUAUUAAAAAAUCCACACAACAAAUUUACGUGAUUUAAAUAUGAUGAAUUCAAAUGCUACAAGAAUCCGUGUUGAAAAAUAGAUGCAUGAAAAGCACAGGUGGACGUCACAUGACUUGCGGGGCAGAAGCUUUUUAUUGUCAUUCCGAUUCUUGUGGUAUUUUGUCUUGAACAUUGUGUUAUGAUUCUGGGAAAAAAGUAUGAGUUUUGAGUAAAUCAUGAGUAAAUGUCAAGAGGUGGGGUGUAAAAUAUUCGAUUCGUUCGUGAUUUUAGGUCUACCCUCCAAUCAAUGUAUUACCGUCCUUGUCAAGAUUGAUGAAGUCCGCUAUUGGUCCUGAGAGAACGAGACGUGAUCAUGCUGAUGUCUCCAAUCAACUGGUGAGUAAUCAUUGCUGUACAUCGUAUUUCCUUGCCAGCAACACCAGCUGCUUGCUUGCCUGGGAGAACGGCCUAAGGAGCUCAAUAACGCCGACUUUGUUCCAAUCUCGUACCCAGAGCCACUCAACGAUGGUUUUUAGUACGAGAUUGACCUUGUCCCAUCAUUCACAAAUGCCUUUUUCAUAUUGUUUGAUAAACCAACCGCAUUUAUCUUACUAAGGAUACUAAUGAAAAAGCAUUAAGUUAAAGCAAUAUUUUUUGUUGGUAUAACUGGUCUGCUGGGCUACGCUAUUGUUAAUCAAUCUUCUCAUUUUGUUCAGUACGCAAAUUAUGCUAUCGGUAAAGAUGUUCAAGCAAUGAAAGCCGUGGUUGGUGAAGAGGCUUUAACAGCAGAGGAUCUCCUUUAUCUGGAGUUUCUCUCAAAGUUUGAAAAGAAUUUUAUAAGUCAAGGUAAGCGGAUGUAGACCUCUUUGGGGGUGACUUUCCAUAUAAAUGUCGCAAAUGACAUCAACGACAGGCACAUCGGAAAUAUUUUUUUUUGGGGAGCGGAGGGCAAAUUCAGAUUGCCUUUUGUUGCUGGAAAUCUCAGUUCUUUAAAAACUUUAAGUUGGGACACAGACCACCACACCUUGGUCUUGGCGAAAUAAUUACAACUUUUUUGCACGUUUUUCUUUCCUAGGAACAUACGAGAAUCGUUCAGUAUUUGAAUCAUUGAAUAUCGGUUGGUCGUUACUCCGUAUCUUCCCAAAAGAAAUGUUAAAGAGAAUUCCACAAGAUGUUUUAGCGGAAUAUUAUCCCAGGGAUUCUGCAGCGACGAAGAAAGAAGGAGAGUGAUAGUGGUUUGCUUCACUUUCUAGAUUUAUUUCCAAUAAAAGGUAGGUCACAUUUCUUAUUUCCUUGAUCAUCAAGUAUCUUCAUGAAUUCCCCUCACCACGCAUACUCCUAAUAUCGACUGUUGUGUGACAUUCCAUAUUAAAAGCAGGUUUUAUCUUGGGAUUCGGGUUCUGAUUAUGGUUGGGGAGGAGUGCGUACCUCCUGCAGCCCACAGUGUAUUAAUACAUCCCUGAAUAGUUUCAAUUUAAAAAUCUUUGUAUUUACAUUAGGGUUAAUGUUAAUGUAGAAAUUGAAUUACAACAAAUUCCGUUAUAAUCUUAAAUAUUCCAAGUUUUUCUUUCAAUGUCGUUAGGCUUUCUUGCCAUUAUCAUACCGAUUAGUCUGAUUAAAAUAUGUAUGCCAUAGUUUGUCUGAGAACUGCAUGACAAAGUAAGUAAAAUCAUUCACAUUUACAAUGGUCGAAUCUUUAACGAAGACGCGUUUCUUUUGAUACAAAGAUAAAAUAGCAGUGAUAUUUUUGUUUUAACUAGGCACGCGACAACUCUCUUGGUGUGGCUUUUUGACAAAAGAUCUUACGACUUAGUAAAAACAUGUGGUGUUCUGGCUUAUUGCAUAAUACCAUUCAAUAUGUAAAACGAACACAAUAAUAUGGCAAAUUAAUGAAUUCAUUAUCAAUAAAUCUAAAUUAAUUUUAUCUUUAGGGGCAAUUAGAUUGUAACGGCUAUUGAUCAACUAAUAACAUACGCUAUAGUAAUAAAAUUUAUA